AUGGAGAGCAGCAUGAAGCAAGUGGUGGUUGAAGAGCCACUGCGGUCCCUCUGCUUCGUACCUCGCCUGCUCUGCUACCUGCCCCGCAAGCUCCUCAGCUGCCACCACCUCAAGUGCCUCCUCAUCGUGGUGGUGGUGGUGGUCCUGCUGGUGGUCAUCAUCGCCGGUGCCCUGCUGAUGUGGCUGCACGUGGACCAGCAGCACGCUGACGCCGUCCUGCGGAUGGGGCUGUGGAGAGAACCGGCCUGGGAAGAGGAUGCGGCCACUUUCUACCUGGAUGGUGGAGAUGGAAACUGGGCCAUGGUCAUUUAUGAUUACAAGAAUCUGCUGGUGACCUACAGAUCCCGGCUCGACCAUGCCUGCUAUGUCACCCGCGUGGACAAGGACAACAUCCUGGGGCUGGACACCGUCGCCGAGACCUUCCAGCGCCGGCAGGCUGAGAAAAGGCUCGCCAUGCCCCUGGCUGAUCGCUUCCUCCUGGGUACCACAGCCAGCAUCCUCUGCAGCAUCGUCCCUGUCUACUGGGCUUAG